AAGUUUUACUAUGUAAGAUUUGGCAGGUGGUGAAAUUAUCUUAACCGUUCCUCAUAUUCGAGUAAUGAUCUCAGCCGUCCAAUCUCUGUCUUCCAUUUCUCUCACAACAGACCAUAAAAGAAAACUUCCAUAACUAACUUUAGUCAUCAACCGGAAAAGAGGCCUUUAAGUUUAGCCGCCCACUAAGUGCCCGUCCAUGGCUGUAGCAAUGACAACCUUAUCAUUAUUCUCUUUAAACCCAAAUUUCUCUUGCAAGUCAAAACGUUGCCUUCUCUCUUCUCUCUAUCCUUCUCCUAACCGCACUCUCUCCACUCCUCAAUAUCGCCUCUUGAUGCCAAAAUCACCCGGUUUUGUUACUGUUUCGGGUGUGCUUGGGGCGGGUUUGGCCUUAACCAUAGUUGGUCCCGCCUCAGCUUCUGGUUUACCGUUUCUGGGUCAACUCAGUGAACCCUCCAAUGCACUGUCUUUGCCCACCUGGGCAAUUCACGUUUCUAGUGUAGUUGAAUGGAUUACAGCAAUGGCUUUAGUGUGGCAAUACGGGGAGAAAUCUGGUUUUGAAUCUUGGAAGGGACUCUCUUGGGGAAUGGUACCUCUGCUUGGUGGAGCGUUUUGUGCAUGCACAUGGCAUUUCUUCUACAAUGCUGAGUCUCUAGAGGUAUUGGUGGCUCUUCAAGCAGCACUGACAGUAAUAGGUAAUGCCACUAUGUGCAUUGCUGCAUUCCGCAUAUAUAAGUCGAUAGAGGAACGGCCGAAGAAUCUCUGAGUGUUUCCAAGUUUGGAUUCCAUUUUAUGGACCUGAUGAAUGUCCUUUAAUUAUAUUUGUUAAGUAAUUGCAAGGAAAGCUCUCAGUUCAGGACAAAGGUGGAUUCUCACAGUUAGCUAGAAACAAAAUUGGGAUCUGGUUUUGUUUUUAUGUUCUUGUUUAUCUUGAAAAUUUAAAUAUAUGGGAAGAUGUAAUCUGUCUUGUGCUUGCUAUGCAGUGGGUUGGACUUUGGAUACGGGAGGAGCCUCAGGGUCAAAAUUCCAGCAUUGUCUGAGCUGUAUUUACCUAUUUAGGGUGUUGGAGAUUAACCAAUAUAUUUUUGAUUUUUUAUCAAUCAAGAAUGACUUGAGCAUCUCUACUUGAUUAAUAUACAUUUUCUUGUCAAA